AUAAAUGGUAUUACCAAUUGUUUUUCUAUUUCAUUACAGGUACUCAGGUAACGAAAAAUGUCUACAAACGGAUAUACGUGUAUAAGACUGGUGUUUUGCUGGAUCAACAUUAUUUUCUGGGUGUCAGCUUGUGUAGUCCUAGGCAUAGGACUUUGGCUAAGGAUAGCCCACGAAGGUUAUGCGACUCUUGUUCCUCAAUACCCAUUCUUGGAUGUUGAUGCACUGAUCAUAGCUCUAGGAAUAUUGGCGUUUAUUUUCUCAUUUUUGGCGUGCUGUGGAUCUUGGUACCAAAGUAGGUGCAUGCUGUUCACGUAUUUUAGCAUGGUGCUGUUUAUUUUCGUAGUGGAAAUCACCCUCGGAACAGUUGCGUACUUUUUUAGAGAAGACUUGAAGCACACGUUGAGCGAAGAAUUGAGGCUUGGCAUUAUACACCACUACAAUCUUACCUCAACAGGGAUGAAUACUUUGGCUGACGUGUGGGAUGAUAUCCAAUCAAAGUUUGGCUGUUGUGGAGUCGAAAGCUACGAAGACUGGUACUUCAUAGACGCUUGGCCGUCGGCCAGAUGGGUUCCAGACUCAUGUUGCCUGCCGGCCUACUACGAUUAUAACUGCGGCAAAAGCAGGGAUACCCCAAUUUAUUUGCAGGGGUGCUACAGGCAAAUUAACAAUUUCUUCAUGAAACGAUUGGAUCUUAUUGGGUUCAUUGGGAUCAAAAUCGCAGUUGUGCAGCUAUACGGAUUAAUCUCGUCAAGCUUGCUGCUCUGCACGAUGAAACACAGGAAACUGUCCAACACUUACAAGUCGUAUUCCUAGCAAUAUCAGUGAUAUUAGUGAUUUCCUGUAGUACCCUUCCCCAGUACGCAAUACUUAAGAUACUCCCAGUAUUCUAUGUGAUCCACGAAUAGUUUUAGUAUAAACAUGAAGGCACGCUUUUUGUGUCAAGAGCUACUUAGAGAAAAAAGCUCUAAAGCGGACCCCUGGUUUCACUUGCUCUGACAUCCCGUUAUUGAUAAAUAGUAACAAGGUACACCACAGCAUACUGGAGCGCUCCUAACUACUUUCCAUUUUUAUUGGGACGCUCUGUAUAUAUUGUAAUUUUCAAGUGAUUUUAAUUAUAUCGGAAAGUCUCGUUGAAACAUUUGAUCAGCACAACAUGAGCUAUUACUAUACGACUUCGAUAUAUUUUGUUGCAUAGUACUUUAAAGUGAAGUCAAAAUAACGUGUAGCCCAUGAGACAAAAAGCGUUUGACCUGAAUUGUGGGUGCUAGGAACCUUUUUUCGAAAUCGAAUGUAUGUAUUUAUUAUUUAUUUAUAAGGUAUGUGAAUAAAUCAAUAUGACUUUCUCGAUACAAUUCGAAUGUCAAACAAUUUGAUUGUAGCAUAUCGAUAUUAAAGGAACAAAUAUUGGACAAUUUAUUAUGCUAUAUAUUUUAUAGUUUAAAAUGGCGAAUGUUACUUUCGAGUCAUUUGUAAAAAAAGGUAAAUUUAGAUAUACUAACAAACAUUGUAGAUUAAAAUGGGUGAUCAUUUUAUAUGUACUUACAAAAACUUAAAAUCAUAGAAAGCAAUCAACUGUAGUGGGUUAUCUUCAUUAUCAAACAAAAGAAUUCGUUUUUGGAAAUUACUACUUUCAAAGAUUGACCGCAAUCGCUGUUAAAUUAGUGCAGUGCGGAAUCCAGAUUUUCCAUAACGCAUCCGUGCUUUCUGAACGGUAUUUGACGAACAUCGUUAGUAAUGCUAAUUUUCAAUCCUUCAAUCGUAAUCUGUUAUGUAUAAAUCUAUACUGCCGUACUUAAGUAUAAAAUCGGUUUCAAAAUUCUGUAUUUUUUCGAACUAAAUAAAUAGUAAAAUAGUAUUACUACGAGAGAACAAAAGUGAUGAAUAUUGCAAAGUUACAUGGCUUUAAAGAGAGUCAUUUACAUGUGAUUUCUGAUCAUAAUUAUUGUCGAGGCGUAAAACAAAUGUCACCUUUAAUUGUCGUAAGUCAUGAAGCAGUAACAUGUGCUGCCUUUUUUCGUAAUCUAUUUAUCUUAUUUUCCUAAGAAAAACGCAGUAACGCAGAAUUUUAUUUUAAUAUAAUUUAUUCAUAUACAGGAGGUCUGCAAAGUUGGGGUUUUCGUUUUCAGACACAACUACGUUUGAUAUAACAAAGCUAAUGUUUGGUGAAACGAGAGCGAAC